AUCAUCGGAGAACCAACUGGUAUUACUGUUAAUCUGCUUUAUUUAACAGCCUAUCAACAUACAUUGUGUUCCUUAUCAGGAUAUCUAUUGCUUUGCAGCAAGGUUUACUACUCAAAAUUUCAGCUUUAGAGUCUGAAAGCAAAGAAAAUAUGGAAAGAAUGCAUCCAGACAUCUUGAAGAAGUCAGAGGAAAUUGAUACUCUGCAAAAGGAGAGGAUGAAAGUAGAGGAACAUGCAGACUCUUUUGACAAAGAAGUCAUACAGCUACAUAAAGUCUUAGAGGAAAAAGAACAAUGCAUUUUGCACCAUAAGGAACAGGAAAAAAAGCUGGAAGAUCAGAUCACAGAGAACCGGUCGUUAUUAACUGCUGCUGAAAGUAAACUCGCAGAAGCUAGAAAUCAAUAUGAUCAAAUGGUAGAAAACAAGAAGUUGGAAUUGUCAAAGCAUUUAAAAGAAAUAUCUCAGAGAAAUGAUCAGGCUAUUAAUGACAUUAAAAGGAAGUAUGAGCUAGAGAAAAUGGAAAUUGUCAACAUGGAAAAACACAAGGCUGACAAGGCUAUCGCAGAAAUUGAGGGAAGGCGUGACCAAAAAGUUGCAGAAUGCAAAGAAGAAUCAAGGCAGCAGUUGAUGCACAUUCAGGAGGAACAUACUAAGCUGGUUGUCUUUAUGCAAAUAAUUGGUUCAAAUAACCCCUAUUUUGUGUUCAUUGAAGGGAACUUCGAAGCUACUGAUGUUGCCAAGGUAGUUCUGGAUGUAACAGACUGUGUGAUGCUUAGUGGUGAGACAACUGUUAGAGCUUAUCCAGAACUUGCUGUUCGAACUAUGGCUAAAAUAUGUGUUGAAGCUGAGAGCACCAUUGACUAUGGAGACGUAUUUAAAAGGAUAAUGCAGCACUUACCAGUUCCUCUGAGUCCAUUAGAGAGUCUAGCUUCUUCUUCUGUUAGAACAUCACUUCGUACUUUUUCUCAUGCUCUGAAAAACUUGAACAUCAGUAUGGAAAGAUCGUACUUUUUCUCAUGCUCUGAAAAACUUGAACAUCAGUAUGGAAAGAUCUCUAAUUUGAUGAAUAAGGAGGGAUAUGAAAGUGCUAAGGAGAAUAGCUGCAGUGAUGAGAUUAGUUCCCCUGAGGCUGACAAAAGCAAAGUGCCGUUGCAGUUAGCAAUUUUAGGACGCCCUAAUGUUGGUAAAUCAACCUUAAUGAAUACUUUGUUGCCAGAAGACCGAGUUCUUGUGGGUCCUAAAGCUGGUUUGACUAGGUCUUGUCUUUAA